AUGCCUUUCUCUCAUCAUAGUCAUUCGGGCCAGUUUUGCCCAGGCCAUGCUCAAAAUUCCCUGGAAGAUGUGAUUCAAACUGCCAUCAGCAAGAAGAUGCAAGUCUUCUGCUUGACAGAGCAUAUGCCCCGCCAUAAAGAAGAUUUCUAUCCUGAAGAAAUCGAGUCCGGAAAUACAGAGGCCAGCCAUGAAAUCAAUGAAGCUGCCUACUGGGAAGAAGCAGUCCGGUUGCGCGAGAAAUAUGCCUCUGAGAUUAAAAUUAUCAUCGGAUUCGAGAUUGAUUGGAUUCGCCCUGCCUCAAAGGAUCUCAUUGACCGUUCGCUUUCUCGGUUUCCUUUUGAAUUUUUUAUCGGCUCAAUUCACCACAUGCAUACGGUGCCGAUCGACUAUGACCGGCCUAUGUAUGAACAGGCUCGAGAGCUAGCUGGCGGUACUGACGAGCGGUUGUUCGAAGACUAUUUCGAUUCGCAGCUAGAUAUGCUGCAGCAAUUAAGACCGCUUGUUGUGGGUCACUUUGACUUGAUUCGUCUGAAGAGUGAUGAUAUGGAGAGAAGUUUCACGUCAUGGCCCGGUGUCUGGAGCAAGAUCCUUCGGAACCUGGACUUUAUUGCCUCCUACGGGGGUAUGUUGGAGCUCAACUCCGCUGCUCUUCGAAAGGGAAUGAGCGAACCAUAUCCUAAAGCUGAAAUUUGCAAGGAAUUUGGCGCUCGUGGUGGUCGAUUUUGUUUGUCUGAUGAUAGCCAUGGUGUCGAUCAGGUGGCCUUGAAUUUCCACCGAGUAUUGGAGUUUCUUGAUCGCGCUGGCAUUUCAACUCUGCAUUAUCUCCAGCUGGAGCCCACCAUUGGUUCGAAUGUGCCCGAUGCGAGGUUCCCCCGGACGCAAAUAGCAGAGAUUUCAGUAGUAGACUUGGGGAAGAUGGCGUUUUGGUCCUAA